AUGCAAUUCGCCACUUUGCUCAUGUUUGUUUCGGCCGCUGCCGCCGCCGCCGUCCCCGUCGAUGACAACGCCAAAGUUGACGGCCAUGUUGCGCCUGCUCAUGUUGAGAGAAGCCCUUGCUGGUGGGACGGAAAGUUGUGGCACGAUUGCGCCAAAUAG